AUGUCACUUUUCGGAUCAUCCACCACGAGUACUCCCCUUUUCGGCACCACCACGUCAACAGCCGCUAAACCUUUGUUCGGAUCGACUCCGGCCACCACCACAAUUGCGGCCACGGCACCAAAACCAGGCGGUCUUUUCGGAUAUACUGCUCCCGCGACGUCAGCGACUGUUCCAUUGUUCGGCUCUAUGACAACUACCACUACAUCUGCCACUCCAUCGUAAAAUACACAUUUUAAAAGUUUUUCAGUUACGAAAAUUAUUUUCAGGCUCGGAGGAGGAUUGUUCGGCGCGACCUCUACUGCUGGCACAACUUCCACUACGGCGUUCGGAAGUGCAGCUACCCCAGCCACUCCAUCCCGUAAGUUUAUUUUUCAGUCCAGCAACAUACAAUAUUCUGUUUUCAGUUGGUCUCGGAGGUGUUCAGCAGAACAAGAAUGUGACGGAUGCAUCCGGAUCGACUGUCAAUUCUCUCACGGGAGGUGACAAGGACACUUCGAAAGAUGCCGAACUUCAAGCUGCCAAUUUCAUCCGCGAAAUGCUCCCAUUGAUUGAAGACAAACUGAAAAAGAAUCGCGACAUGAUGGAAGAAGUGGAGAACAUGCCAGUCGACAACCUAUCAGUUGAUGAAAUGAUUGACAAGACUCGCGGAUGGAUAAAUGAAAUCCGCCGGAAUGUGGGAAGUGCCACGGAGACCUCGCAUUACUUGGCACAGUUUGUUUCUCAAGACAAGGCUCUUCUGGAAACUGCCAGACGUGGCCAGGAACAAGCUGCGACAGCCAAUCAGACCGCUCACGCACAAAGCAUCAAGAAGUUAGCGUAUUUAGUGAAAAUUUCAACUAUUCCACUUUUUCAGACACUUGGCCGAUCGGACCAACGUAUACGACCUGGAAAUGCGUGAAUUGCAAGCUCGUGUUAACCAUCUGAUGGUCCGUUUCGAAAAGCUUCUGAAAGGAGAGGCCUCGCUCACAAUGUCCGAGCUUGACGAAUACUUUCAUCGCAGUGAUCGAAUGAUUACCGGCGCGAAAGAUCAGAUACUCGAGCUCGGGAGAGAGAUCGAGCAGAUCAAGAACUUGCUGAUUGAACAAGGUUACACUCAUCUUCGAAGAAACUAUCCGACGUACUCUGUCAAUGCACAUACCGCAAACGAAGGAGCAGUGUUUUUCCCUUCACAGUCAAGUCUCGCAAUCAUUGGAAGUUCGUUGAGAGCUCCAGCAGCCGCGGUGCCUGCAACUCGCACGCUGGGAUUAGGCGGUGGAUCCAGCUUGUUCGGAUCAAACACAGGUCGUUCUCUUUAUUUAAGAAGUUACAAAUAAAAUUCAAUUUUUCAGGCGGUUCAUCGCUUUUCGGAACAACGACGGCGCCGAAACCAGCAUUUACCGGAGGGUCAUUGUUCGGCAACUUGAGCACAACUCCAGCUACUUCAACCACAACCACAGCCGCAUCUACUUCACUGUUUGGAUCCCGUCCAGCCACAACUUUCGCUUCUACAGUCAACAAUAACUCCAGUGGAACUCUGUUCACAUCUAAGAAAUAA